AUGGACUGUAGAAGUUCGAAACAACGCCGUUUGGGCUCGCCAACGUGCGAUGAAAAGUGUCCUUCCUGGGCCACUAUCCAUCAGAUAAGGGCGUACGCACUGAUCCGGGAGAAUUUAAGCACCAACGACUGUACACCAUAUCCUGCGUCUCGCUACCACUGGUUUGCCGGAAAUUUCGCCAAAAUUUGUGCUUCACUUUAUCGACUGACGGAAAUAGGUCGGUUAUUCGAACAAACUAAGAAAUGUAGUACCGCUUUUGAUAGCUUCGAAUGUGUGUUGUCCUCAGCACCAAUCCUGACAUUGUCACAUAUAUCGACGACUGCUGGCAAAUUCACUCUAUAUACCGAUGCCAGGGACGCCGCCAUGGAGGAUUUGCUCUCGUAG